CAUCCAUCCCAUCUUCUUCCGCUUCUUCCUUCUCUCCCUCUGAUGAUAUAUAAUUCGCUGUAAAGGUUUCUCUUCCCACCAUCUCCUCCCUGCCUGCUUUCCCCCACACUCUUCUCCUUUCUGGCAGUCUUUUCUUGUAGUUUUUUUUUCUUGAUUUCGUUGAUAAAAUUUUGGAGGUCUGGACCGUCUGGUAGCUAGCGAAGGGAUGGAGUUGUCCCAGCCGGGAGCCAACCCCAGAGGGGGGCGCUUCAUGUACGCAUCCUCUUCCAUGGCCACAGCCUCAACCACCGCCACCACCACCCCAACUACCGUACUGGUUGCACCCCCCACCACUGCCUCGAUUUCCAUCUACUCUGGCCCAAACCCAAAGGCGAGCACUUUUCCCCACCUCCAACCCCCCAAGCCCGAGGCCUCCUCGUCCUCGUCCUCCCACCUCUACCCCCUCACCAGACCUACCGACGUGGACGCCAUGAAGUCCCGGAUCAUUUCCCACCCCCAUUAUUCCAACCUCCUCAAUGCCUACAUGGACUGUCAAAAGGUUGGAGCUCCGCCGGAGGUGGCGGACCGGCUCGCGGCGGUGGCGAGGGAGUUCGAAGCGAGGCAGCGGGCCGGCAUGGGCUGCCGGGACCAACCGGCCGACCCCGAGCUGGACCAAUUCAUGGAGGCAUACUACCAUAUGCUGGUGAAGUAUAGGGAGGAAUUAACAAGGCCAAUGCAGGAGGCGAUGGAUUUUCUCAGGAGGGUGGAAUCGCAGUUCAACUCCCUCACCAAUGGAUCCUUCCGCAUCCUAUCUGAUGAUAAAUGUGGAGUUUGUUCUUCUGAAGAGGACCAAGAAGGCAGUGGUGGCGAAACGGAGCUUCCUGAGCUUGAUCCCCGAGCAGAAGACAGGGAACUGAAGCACCAUCUGCUGAAGAAGUAUAGUGGGUACUUGAGUAGCCUGAGGCAGGAGCUGUCCAAGAAGAAGAAGAAAGGUAAGCUCCCAAAGGAAGCCCGGCAGAAGCUGCUUAGCUGGUGGGAGCUGCAUUACAAGUGGCCAUAUCCAUCGGAGACAGAAAAGGUGGCGUUGGCAGAAUCUACUGGCCUUGAUCAGAAACAGAUUAACAACUGGUUCAUCAACCAAAGGAAGCGGCAUUGGAAGCCAUCGGAGGAUAAUAUGCAAUUUGUUAUGGUGGAUGGUUACCAUCCCCAGAACGCCGCUGCUUUGUAUAUGGAUGGGCAUUUUAUGGGCGAGGGCUUAUACCGAUUGGGGCCGUGACCUGAUCUUGGACGAUUAAAUUUGGCUUUGUUGUUGGAGUGACUGGAGGCCUGUUUGUUAGGGAAAUGGAAGUGUCUGGUUGUCCUUGUGGUGGUGAGUAAUUAUCAUGAUUUUUGAAUGGCCGUCAUCCUUUUAUGGUCAUAAUUUGGGUGUAACUGGUAAUCCUGCUUGUAGUGGUUAUUGAUGUGGCUACCUU